AUGGCUGAGGACUGGCGGCAAGCCAUCCCUCCUCAAUUCGCACACCUGGCCGAUGAAAUUCUGAGCGAUGUUCGUACCAAGUGGUCGCAGCUGAGUGGUGGUCCUGGCGUGCUGGACUCGUUCAAGGCAUUCGUUGCCGCAGUAGACUGGAAGGAGGAGCGCUGGCUGCAAGGGCUCCUGGCGGUCCAUGGCAUGCUCCUCCUGGCAGCCAUCCUCCUGCGACACAACGUGGCUGUGCAGGCCAUCAUCUUCUUCAUUGCUGCACCCCUGGUGUACUUUGCUGAGAGGCUCAAUGGCCUGGCGGCUUCCCACUGGCAGCGCUUCUCCUCGCAGAACUACUUCGAUGCUCACGGCAUCUUCCUCUCGGCAGUCCUGUCGGCUCCCCUCCUCUUGGUCAUGUUUGUCAUUCUGGUGAACUACCUCCUGGCGGCCUCGGGCCUCUUGAUAAAAAUGAAGCGACGUGAACUGCAGUACAAGGCUAGGAAGCGCCGAGCGGCAGAGGCAAAAAAAGGCGAAUAG